AUGGCGCAUGUGAAUCUUCCCGAGGAAUUGGUGGAAGAGAUACUCCAUCGUUGUCCAUCUCUAUCUCUUUCCCGAUUCAGAACCGUUUCCAAAGAAUGGAAUACACUUUUCAACGAUACGACGUUCAUCCACAAGCACUUGGAUCUGGUCCGUACUCAAUUCCUUUUAUGGACCAAUUCCAAGGUUUAUUCGGUAGGUCUCAAUCUCAACGACAAUGAUCCAAAAGUAGAGCUGCGUGAGUUGGCCUUAAAUAUUCCAGAUUUAAGUGAUCAUAGGACAACAAACUUUCUUCCUUGCAAUGACUUAUUGUUUUGUGCCUCAUGGUGGUGGAACAACAAAGCGGUUGUUUGGAACCCGUCGUUGAGACAAACUAGAUGUAUCAAGUCGGAGGAAGAACAUUUCAUGUUUGGUGGCAUAGGGUACGAUAGUGGUAAUCCCGGAAAGGGUUAUCAUCUAUUUGGAUAUAGUUAUCGUCGACGAAGUGUUAAGGGAAACAACUCUAUGUUUUAUAAAAGAUUUUCUAUGUACAACUUUGGAAGCAAUGCAUGGAAGUGUAUUAUUGAUGUUUCAGAGGAAGAGACGUUCAUAAAAGGAUCAGAUUCAUUAGAUAACAAUGUCUCUUUGAAUGGAAAUUUGUAUUGGGCUGCUUCUGACUUCACGGCUGAUGAAUAUGUUAUCCAAAGUUUCGAUUUUUCUAAAGAGAUAUUGAAAAUCUUUUGCGUUCUGCCGUGGAAGAAGAAAUAUUCUGAUAUUCCAGUCCUCUCAGUUUUUAGGGGAGAUCGACUUUCAGUAUUGAAUAAAUAUAAAGGAACAAAUAACAUCGAGAUUUGGGUGACNGCAUUUUAAUUUGAUGGUGUUUUUUUGAAAAAUGGUCCAUCAAAAAUGGCUUCAUGAAUUUCUUCAANAUUCAUGACAAUUACAAUACCCAUUUAUAAGGACUCUUGUCCAAGUUACUUCAUCACUGACAUCUACGAAAAGAGACUCGUCAUGUGUUGUAGUGACGAAAGUGGAAAGGGUUGCAUUUAUAUUGUCAGUGGCCAUGCGAGGAAGAAAAUUCAAAUAGAUUUUGAUGUUAGUGAGUUUAGUCAUUGUUUCUAUGAUCCUAGUUUAACUCCUAUUCCUUGCGAGGGUUCAGAUCAAGAGACCAACAAUAAUUAG